AUGGCACAUUGCGAAGCGGCGUCAAAGCCGAUACUGCAAUGCCUCCGACAGGCGUACAGAGGCCGUCUCGCUGCGUCGCAACUCCGGCUGGACCGUCCAUUCUCUUCGACCGCAGCUGCUGCCACCGACGCUGAAGCACAACCAGCAGCUCCCAAACAGCCAUUCUACAGAACGAUCGACCCGGAACUGGUAUCGAGUCCUCGUCUUGAGCGGAAGCUUAUACGGGCUGGGAAGUUCCCAAUCGGUUCUCGUCGUCGACGUAUAGCCCUUCAGGGUUCGCCCAACCAUCCUUUCGAACAGCUACCCUUCCAAUGCUUUCAGGAGGCUCGGAAGGUCCUUCAAGAGGACCGCGAGGAGAAGAUCCAGCAGAUAGAGAAAGAGAGGGCUCGAUUGGCUAGGUUACGUGAAGCAGACCCGGCGACCGUUGGAGGAGAGGCAAAGCAGCAAGCCAGGAUUAAAAGCAUGGAAAAACAUCUCGAGGAAUUGAAGAUUCUAGCGGACAUCAAUGAUCCCCUGGUCAAGAAACGAUUCGAGGAUGGAUUGGGUGAUAUGUCCAGACCGAUCUAUCGACAUUUGGCCAACCGGAAAUGGAGAGAGUACCGACGAUUGAUUCUUAUCCAGCGGCUUACACAGAUGAAGGUCAUCCCGGAUGUGCUUGCUCAUGCCAAUCCUAUCGUCGACGUGAAGCUUUUUUUCGGAAAGAAGCCAAUCCAACCUGGUGUUUUCGUCGACUCCCGCGUCAGCAUGCUCCCACCCAACAUCGACAUCCAGUCGUUCGAUAAAGGUGAAAAGCUGGUCACCAUUGCCGUAGUCGACCCAGAUAUACCAAACAUGGAAUCAGACACGUUUGACAGCAAAGUCAACUUCCUUGCAGUCAACAUUCCUAUUUCGCCUACCUCCACCUUCUUUUCGUUAGGAGACCUUCCUGAAUCCCAAGUGGUUCUUCCCUGGGCGGCACCUUAUGCACUGAAGGGCAGUCCUUACCAUCGACUUUCUGUAUUCGUGAUGGAGCAGAAGGAUCAAAAGCCACUGGACCCCAAAGCUGUUGCUGAGAAGAUCACCAACCGAGACGGUCUCCGCCUUCGAACCUUGGAGACCAGACACCAACUGAAGCCAAUUGGUGCUAGUCUCUUCAGAACCCAAUGGGAUGAUAACAUGGAGGCUGUUAUGCGAGAGCUCGAGGUAGAGGGCGCAGAUAUUGAGCUCAAGAGGAAACGGGUUGAGCCACUUCCAUACAAGAGGAGAAACCCAGCUGCUUUCAGAUAA